AGCAGGGGGCGAUAGUGGCAUUUAAGAGGGCUUAUAUCAGCACCAUCAAUACUAAUCUUCCUCCCUUCUCAACCACCAGUGCAAACAUCAUUAGUAUAUUUCUUUACUGUCUAAAAGUUUUCGUCCAUCAAAGCUAAGACAAAAUGUCGUCUUGGGCAAAAUCCGGCUCAGGAGGACGGAGGCCCGGCAGUUCUAACGGAAGUGCUCAGUCUGUCCGUUUGUACCGGAGGGCAGCUCCAUACCCGAGCAGGGAGGAGAGGACCGAGGAGCUAAAGGAUGCCUUGGAAAGUUAUGAAGAACUGGAACAACUUCAGACCUUCUCUAGUGUCAAAGUGGAAACGUUCAAGCAUCAGCCGACAGUCGUGAAGGCUGAGAGCUGCACCCCGGCAGACAGACGUAAAACCCUGUACCAGAAGUUCUACAGACAGGUCCAGGAGGAGAGGAAACCGGCCGACUGCGUGGUCCUCUCGGUCACCAACAAGUGCCUGGAUUACCCCAAAUCGCUGAGCCAGAGCUUGCAGGAGCGUGGUCUAUCGGUUGAAAUGCUUUUCCUACAAGUGGAAUCGGGCCUGACCCGGGCCCUGCAGGAUGUCCGCGCUGAUGGCUCCCCAUUAUGCAUACUGGUGGAGCAGAAAAACAUAGCUCUGUCUUCCUGCACAGUUAUCAUAUUUUCAGAAUCCCUCAAAAUCCACCGCAACAUGCCUAAAGACCAGGCCCUGGACUUUGUCCAAGCCGAGUACAGCCGCGGACUCGUCAAAGAAUCCCCCCAGAAGGACCCUGCGGAUAUCGCAGCCGAGGCGUCGCAGCUGUUGGACGACUUCCUGGAUCGAGAAAAGGUCGCACGGCACAUCGUUCCUUCUGAGACACGGAAUCUGCUCUUGCUUUUAGCCGAGGGGGUGCAUCUGUACGCUGAGGAGUUGGAAACCAUUUCGGAGUAUGUCAGCUCUCGACAGGACCACCUGCAAGCGAUGGCCUUAGACACCGAGGACGAGAAGGGGGAGAUGGUGCCUUCUGGACUGGGGAAACCGCCUCCUCUGCUCCCUACUCCUCCUGGACCUACUCAGCCUGCACCACUACCGGGAGGGUCCCUUUUGGAAUUUUCCCAGCCUUCACCCGCACCUCUCCUGCCUACACCAGGUUCUUUUACCAAAUCCAAACCUCCGCCGCUCCUUUCAUUGCAUCGGAUUCCCAGUCUGCCCCUAGGGCCUCCAAUCCCAAGAGGGGGCCCAUCCGGACAUUACGGCGGCCCAGGUUCAUCCCGGGGACCCCUCCUCCAUCACGGACCUCUACUCCACCUUGGCCCCAGGGGCCCACACGGGGCCAGGAUGGGUCCUCCGUCGCUACAGGGCUCCCGUCCUCCACUGCUGUCUGGCCCAGGUAUACCUCACCUACGACUGAGUGGACCGCGGCACUAAUUGGAACACACACACACACGCACACACACAGUAACCCCUAUAGUGUUUAGAACGUUGGAGCAUUGGAGCAGACAUCUUCUAGAGCUCCAGAUUCUUCUGCUUCUAUUUACUUCAUGUUGGACUAAAAAACAGCCAUCAAUGCUAACUGUUAAAUAUUUAUGAUUGUCAUUUAAGUGUUUAAGUCCCUCAGGCAACAUUAGACAUUUUUGUCUCUGUAACACCCCGAGCGUAGGAACACAAACACGUCUAGAUGUUUUUGUGACGUCAUCUUGGGGUAGUUGUGUAUGUCAACUUUGUUCCUAAAACAAAUUUAAACAGGUUUUUGUUGUUUUUUUAUACUUGCUCUCUUUUUUAAAACUAGUUUGACUCCUUAUUAGAGCUGUGUCUUUAUUACAUUCAUCAUAUUUGCCUGAAUGCAGCAAGAAUUCAGAUAUGAGGUCAGCAGCUCGUGUGUUUGAUGUGUUUGUGAGUAAAGGUUCAAAACUGUCUCUGAUGAAAUUAUAUGUAAAAGGCCCUAAAUUUCAAACUUAUUUAGAUGAAAUCAAAUCAUAUAUUUGAUCUUCUUUUUCAGAUUUCAUGUAAAUGUUAGGUUGCUUUAUGCUAUUGGUGUUCAUCUGGAGUCAAAACACAGAAACAUCCAGAUUUAUUUCUUAGUUUAUUCAUGAAGACUUUUGGUUUUAUCCUGUUUGUUGUUCAGUUAAUAAACAUUUUGAAAAUUCA